AUGACUGCCAAGUACUGUAGGGACGGGGAAGCUGUCGUGGCUCUCAAUGGCAAAUGGGUGGCUCACACGCACACUCUAUUUGCGGCGCUUGCCUUUUUCGGCGCAUUGAUUGUUGGAGCUCAGCUUCAUUAUAACAAGAUUGUGCAGAAUGAAUAUUACGGCUAUCCCGAGGAAUGGUUCCCCUCUGUGUCUGCCACCAUCGGCGACCGCUACCCAGAGCGUUCUGUCUUUCAGAUUUUCAUUGCCAUCACUUCCGGCCCGCGAUUUGCCCUUGUUUGCCUCUGGUAUCUCUUGACCGCACGGCCGGACUCGACGCUGCCAAAGAUCGUCGCCGGCACUGGCAUCUUCAGGACGUUGACGUGCGGUGGCUGGACCUAUGUGACGUCGACAGAUGAUCAUGACUGGCACGACAUUUUCAUGAUCUCCUAUCUUCUCGCUACCUUGCCCUGGACACUCGGCUGCCUCGCUCUGAGUCCUGCCAACCGCCGUGCCGUGAAAUAUCGGAAAAUUCUCGCCGGGCUCUUUUUUGGCUCUUUGGUCCCGUUGGUCUACUUUUUCAUCCAGCAUAAGGUGCACAAAGUUGCCGGAGCGUACACGAAAUAUGCUUUCUUCGAGUGGAGUCUCAUCCUCUUUGAUGUCGGGUUCGAUGCGGUCACGGCUCUUGACUUUGAAGCGCUUGAACUUGUCGUGAGGGACGUGAAAGGGGUCAGCAGAGGGCAAUUGAAAACGACCGCAGACUCGAUAGUUGAGAAGGAGAAAGACAAACCAAUCGGCCAAACGUUUGGCCAGGCGUUCUCUUGGUCUGCAGCCAUUGACGCCGCCGCCGACAUUUACAACGGGUUUGUUUUCUGGUCCAACUUCACCUCUCUCGGUGUUGUUGUCUGGUACUUUCCUCUUUGGCAUAUGGGAAUUUCGGGAUACGAAGUCGCCAUGCUCAGCACCAUAUCCCCGCUAAUUAUGGAAAUCCCAUCUAUGCGAUCCCUGGCGGUGCGCAAUGCCCAUGUGCUCCAUUUCCUGGAACUAGUAGGUCUCGCGGCUUUCCUUGUCGAGGAACCAGCGUAUCGCCUUUUUGCCGUUAGCUUUAGUGUUUCUAUGGGCUGCCUGGCCUGGUCGGCGACCUUUUAUAGCGAACGUUUUCAGGCCAUACGAUUGGAGUCUCGAAUCUCCUCUUUUGCCAUUGGCCUUGUCGCUUCAAACGUUGCUAAAUUUGCCUUCCAAACGAAUAAUCCUGUCUGGCCAAUAAUGAAUUCUGAAAAUGGUGGCUGGAACAAAUUCGGCCUUUUACUCGGCGUCCUGGCCGCCAUACGCUCCUCGCGGCGACCAAGUGUCAGCGGAGGCGACUAUUAUUCUCCGUCUGGUAAAAAAGGUUCAACCAUCCUCAAUGGGCUGGGUGUUGGGGGAAUCAUCUUUGGUAUGCAUUCACUUCUGUCUGAUUCGAGUACAAUGAUCAGCUGGGUCUGGGAAGGGUUCCCUAUAAGAGGUCCCAUACAAGUUCCUCAUGGCACUUGGACGAUCUUUGCCAUGAGUGCGGGCCUGCUGUUCGGUUUCUUCUACCCGCGUUUGGCUGGGUCAUGGACGGUCUUUGGCAUUGGUUCUCUCGGUGCUGCCCUCCUCACCCGUUACAGUCAUUGGACUGGCUUCUAUGGCGGCCUUAUUCUUGCCUUCUACUUGAUGGCUGCUACCCCGGUACUCUUCACUGCUGCCGUUCACCAUUCUCCUGUGUCGACUUUCGGAGUGGCAUUUGUUGUUUGGGUGUUCAUGGCUCUUUUCCAUGUUUGGGUUGUGGCAUAUGCCUUCGUUCCUGGCGGCCCCUUGGUACGAGAGCGCACAGAUUGGGUCAUGACAACUCUCAUGUUACUCAUUGGGGCUGGUGUCUUUUCUACCGCAGAGACAAACUCUUCCUCGGGCUAUUCAAAACAACAAUUUCUGAAUCCAAACAAUCGCAUACAGCGCUCUUAUUUUGUUUACGCUCUUGGAAUUCUACAGCUCUUUUCAGUUGCUAUUGCAUACCUGCGGUUCCCAACGAAUGACUACGUGCCUUACCACAAAGAUGACAAAGUGGUGACGGCUGGAAUCUGGACUGUCCACUUUGGCCUCGACAAUGACAUGUGGUCAUCCGAACAACGCAUGAUCAGCCUGAUGCGCGAGGCUGAACUCGACGUCGUUGGUCUAUUGGAGUCUGACACUGAGCGUAUUAUCAUGGGUAACCGUGAUUCCACAAUGUUGAUUGCCGAAGAGCUUGGCAUGUACGUUGAUUAUGGCCCUGGCCCUAACAAACACACAUGGGGCGCCGCCCUUCUGUCCAAGUUCCCAAUUCUUAAUUCCACGCAUCAUCUUUUGCCCUCACCGGUGGGGGAACUGGCACCCGCCAUCCAUGCAACUCUCGAUAUGUAUGGUGAGAUGGUGGAUGUGGUUGUUUUCCACUCUGGACAAGAAGAAGAUCCAGAAGACCGCCGAUUGCAGAGUGAAUAUCUUUCGAAGUUGAUGGGUUCAUCGCCACGACCAUUGAUCUUGCUUAGUUAUCUUGUGACAAAACCUCUAGAGGGUAACUACAAUACAUAUGUCAGCGAUGUGAGUGGUAUGAGAGAUAUUGAUUUUACGGAUUGGGAUCGAUGGUGCGAAUACAUAUUGUAUAAGAAAUUGAAGCGCACAGGCUAUGCGAGAAUUUCGCGAAGCAGUAUCACAGACACUGAACUUCAGGUUGGAAAGUUCGUUGUCGGUCAGCCAGAGAGCAAGAAACAGAAGCGUAUUCCCGAGGAAUUGGUCCCUGAGGGGCUUCGUUUCCCGGCCUUGUUCAGAGGCGAAGGAGUUCGUGGCCACCAUUACCACGUGUUUGAUGAGCCAAGAUACUAUAAGUAA